CAAACGUAUGUUCCUGUCUUGUUACUCCAAAUAGUACGCUCAAUGACAUCUCCACCGCCUACUAUUUUUCCUCCCCCUCUCUUUCGUUCCUUAUUUCCUCAAUUGUCUUCUUCUUUAAUCCUAUCUCUACCAACUUUUUUUUUUUCAACCAUCACUUCUUUAUCUAUCUAAAUUUCCGGCACGGAAUUUGGCCUAAUCGUCAAUGGCCAAACUCGUGGUAGAAGUCCUUGAUGCUAGUGAUCUCAUGCCCAAAGAUGGCCAUGGCUCUGCCAGUCCCUUUGUACAAGUCAAAUUUGAAGAACAGCUCCAAAAAACUUCAACAAAGCCUAAAGAUCUCAACCCUCAAUGGAAUGAAAAGCUCGUUUUCAACGUAAAGAAUCCCUUAGAUUUUCCGAAUCAAACCAUUGAAGUUUUUGUUUACAAUGAUAAUAAACAAGCCCAUCAUAAGAAUUUUCUCGGCCGGGUUCUCAUUUCCGGAGCGUCUGUUCCUUUUUCUGAGGCUGAAGCCAUGGUUCAGAGAUACCCACUUGAUAAAAGAGGGUUUUUUUCUAACAUAAAGGGUGAUAUUGCUUUGAAAAUUUAUGGGGUGCAUGGAAAUGUAAAUGGAUUUCAGGCUCAGGCGGAGUCUUUUCAUCCACCCGAGGAAGUGGAAAUUCCUUCUCAUCAUCAUCACAAAGCAGCAACAGAAAGUACUCCUUUACAGGAGAUUAAUCCUAAUAAGCUUGGUGAAGACUACUACUACAAGGAAAAUCCUGAGAAGGGCAAGAAGAAGAAGGAAAAGGAAGUGAGGACCUUUUACUCUCUUGGAACAGGUUCUGGUGGUCCAGCAACCGGGCCACCUCCACCUCCAGCUGAAAAGCCAGUUUCAAUGGAACCACGGACUGAUUUUGCGAAGGCUGGACCGAACCCUGCAGCCACCGUUAUGCAGAUGCAAUUUCCGGGUCAGAAACCUGACUAUGGAUUGGUGGAAACUAGGCCUCCUUUGGCUGCAAGAAUGGGAUACUGGGGAAGGGACAAGACUGCGAGUACUUAUGAUUUGGUGGAGCAGAUGUAUUUUCUGUAUGUGAAUGUUGUCAGGGCUAAGGAUCUUCCAGUGAUGGACAUAUCAGGGAGUCUUGAUCCAUAUGUUGAGGUGAAGGUUGGUAAUUACAAAGGAGUGACUAGGCACUUCGAGAAGAAUCAAAAUCCGGUAUGGAACAAGGUUUUCGCAUUUUCUAAAGAGAGAUUACAGUCCAAUUUGAUUGAAGUUACAGUUAAGGAUAAGGAUAUUGGGAAGGAUGAUUUUGUGGGGAAAGUUCAGUUUGAUAUAGUAGAUGUGCCUGUUCGAGUGCCACCUGACAGUCCAUUGGCUCCUCAAUGGUAUAAAUUGGAUAAUAAGAAGGGGGAGAAGAUUAGCCAUGGGGAGAUUAUGCUUGCAGUUUGGAUGGGAACACAAGCUGAUGAGGCAUUCCCAGAUGCUUGGCACUCUGAUGCUCACAACGUAAACCAACAAAGUCUCGCCAGUACGCGAUCAAAGGUGUAUUUUUCUCCAAAAUUGUAUUAUCUUCGAGCCCAUAUCAUCUCCGCUCAAGAUCUUGUUCCUUCAGACAGGGGGCGGCAACUGGAUACGUUUGUGAGGGUGCAGAUAGGGCACCAGAUUAGACCUACUAGGCCUUCUCCAAUGAAACACAUCAAUCCAGAGUGGAAUGAGGAACUUAUAUUCGUAGUUUCCGAGCCUUUUGAUGAGUAUAUAAUGAUAAGUGUUGAGGAUAGAAUUGGACAAGGCAAGGAUGAAGUACUCGGAAGACUGGUCAUACCAGUUCGGGAAGUUCCACAGAGAUAUGAACACGCUAAACUUCCAGAAGCCCGCUGGCAUGCUCUUCACAAGCCUUCUGUGGUAGAGGAAGAAAGGGAAAAGAAGAAAGAGUCGAAAUUUGCUAGCAGAAUCCUUCUCAUGCUCUGUAUAGAUGCCGGUUACCAUGUUCUUGAUGAGUCUACGCAUUUCAGUAGUAAUCUUCAGCCAUCUUCAAGGCAUCUAAGGAAGCCCAACAUUGGAAUUCUUGAAGUUGGAAUUUUGAGUGCUCGCAAUUUGCUGCCAAUGAAGGCCAAAGAUGGAAGAACUACAGAUGCUUAUUGCGUGGCUAAGUAUGGGAACAAAUGGGUUCGAACUCGAACACUUCUUGACACACUGAAUCCUCGUUGGAAUGAGCAGUUUACAUGGGAGGUUUAUGAUCCAUGUACCGUGAUUACAAUUGGUGUUUUUGACAAUCACCACAUCAAUGGAAAAGAUGAUGUACAUGAUCAGCGAAUAGGAAAGUUGAGAAUUAGGCUCUCAACUUUAGAAACUGAAAGGAUUUAUACACAUUUUUAUCCACUGCUGGUUCUCACACCUUCGGGAUUGAAGAAACAAGGUGAACUCCAUUUAGCAAUAAGGUUCUCCUGUAUCGCUUGGAUGAACAUGGUGACACAAUAUGGAAAGCCAUUGCUUCCGAAGAUGCAUUAUGUGCAGCCCAUAUCGGUUAGGCACAUUGAUUGGCUCCGCCACCAGGCAAUGCAGAUAGUGGCUGCAAGGCUAUCCAGGGCUGAACCACCACUCCGAAGGGAGAUAGUCGAGUACAUGUUGGAUGUGGAUUACCAUCUGUUCAGCCUCAGGAGGAGCAAAGCCAACUUCCAACGUAUUAUGUGGCUUCUUUCUGGAAUUUCAUAUGUCAGCAGAUGGUUUGACGGAAUCUGUUACUGGAAAAACCCGCUGACCACAAUCCUCGUACACGUUUUGUUCUUGGUACUGGUUUGCUACCCGGAAUUAAUCUUGCCAACUAUUUUCCUUUAUCUUUUCGUCAUUGGCCUGUGGAACUACCGGUUCAGACCUAGGAAACCGCCUCACAUGGAUGCUCGACUCUCUCAAGCCGAGAAUGUUAAUCCCGAUGAACUGGAUGAGGAAUUCGAUUCAUUUCCAACCCGUCGGCCCACAGAUAUUGUGAGAAUGAGGUAUGACAGACUGCGGAGUGUUGCAGGCAAAGUUCAAACUGUGAUGGGAGAUUUGGCAACACAAGGGGAAAGAGCUACUUCAAUAUUAAGCUGGAGAGAUCCCAGGGCUACAGCAAUCGUCAUCAUCUUUGCUUUGAUCUUGGCUGUGUUUUUGUACAUAACCCCAUUCCAGAUCGUGGCCGUGCUGGUCGGCCUUUACUGGUUGCGCCAUCCUAGGUUCAGGAGCAAGCUGCCUUCUGUUCCUGUCAAUUUCUUCAAGAGAUUACCCUCCAAAUCAGACAUGCUUCUAUGAGAUUAAGGUGGUUCAAUCCUCAUUUACUCAUUCAGGUAAUGCCGAAGAUAGCUUCGUAAAUACCUCCAAUAAUGUUGGCAGCAGAUAAAAACAAAAUCGAAUUACCAAGUAUAUAACUGCUUGCAACCUCAAGAAGUUACUUCAAUCUAUGUAAUAGACCAACAUUUUUCUUCCAUACGUUAUCUGUUUAGGACACGUUACAAUUUUCCGUUGAAUGAGAUGAGAGGAACUAAUUGUAAGCAUUACUAUUUGUUUAUACAUAAAUAAGGACUCAAAUGCCAUGUUUAA